AUGAGCGUAUUCGUCCAUACUCGGGAGAAGUCAUUUGUUUGUCAAUGCAGCCGCGCUUUCUCUAGACAGGACCUUCUAAGUCGCCACGAACGACUUUGCCACUCACCCGCUAAUGUUGAAGACCCGACUGCGGCCAAUGAUACUGCAAACCACCCCCAACUUAACAAUAACACCCCCAAUAUUCAAAUACAGGACACAGAGGGCUUGAUAUCAGACCCACAUGCAAAUUUCGAGAGCAGUCCGAUCUACAAUAGACCAGACGUGGAGUCUCAGAACGCAAAUCUGCUAUCAACCUAUGGCCCUGUCGGUACUUCUAAUAUUGACGGUUCCUACUACCAAAUGGGUUUUGGUCUUGGAUUGCCAGAUGAGUUGGAUCCCUGGAACACUGAUGUCCUUUCCUUCAAUAAUGUCGUCCCUUCUCAUUUCCUGGACAGCGAUAUAUCGCUCUGCGAUCUUUUCCAGCAAUUCCCCCCACAAGACCAGCCGACAACACAGGCAGAUUUUCGACCUACCACGGAUUUAGUUGGACUUACACUGCCUCAGGAGGCAGCCCCCCAGAACCCUCCACUUCCACCACGAUUCCCUUCAACCAAUGACCAGUUGCACAAUAACAAUCUUGAUGCAGAAUCGGACACCGUGGGAUGUCCUUGGAUCCUGUCAUCUGCUGCCUACAAGCAGAUUUCGGAAAAGGUGGCGCAAAAUAAGUCGAUUUUACCUGACUUCAAACUUCCGUCCAAAUUCACUCUCAUUCGUUACCUCGAAGGAUACUUUUGCGGGUUCCAUGAUCACUUACCUUUCCUUCAUCCGGUAACAUUCGACCCGCAAAAUAUCGAGCCUGAGCUGUUUCUCGCACUGACCGCGUGCGGGGCAUUAUAUCGGUUCGAACACGCCAAGGGCUAUGAACUUUAUGAUGCUGCCCGUUGUCUCGUGGACCGAAGCUUUUCCAACCGCCGGCGCCGUACCAUGGGAAGCAUGACAAUUAACUCCCCAGCGUCUGUGUAUUCAAGAGGAAAUCCGUAUUCCCCGUCAAAGUCUUCGAAUGCGCACCAGUCAGCUGGAGGUUCCAGCAAUUACAAUGAGCAAGAGUCGCAAGCAUGUCUUCAAAGGGCCCAGGCACUCAUCAUUCUUAUGGCCAUGAGCGCAUGGGGGGAGCAGCCGCCUGUUCAAGACAGUCUAGCGAUGGGAAGUCAGCUUGCGGUACUUGUACGAGAAAUAGGGAUCAGCCAUUCAGAUGAUACGAAGGAUAUGAGCUUGACAUGGACAUCCUGGGCCAUGCACCAGCAACGGAGACGUACCUUGCUCGUCGCAUAUAACCUCUUUAAUCUUCACAGCAUCGCUUACAACGUUCCACCGCUAAUUCCUAACCAUGAAGUGGCCCUCUUUCUGCCGUCCUGCGAGGCAGAGUGGAAGGUCAGAUCACAGGAAAGCUGGGAACAGUACCGCCAAGGAUACUCUUACCGUGAACAUGCUUUCACAGUAAUAUUGGGUCGUCUACUCCAGGGCCUUAGUGUAUCCGACUAUGGUGCCAUCUCUGCUUUCUCGAAUUAUGUCCUCAUACACGGGCUCGUCCAAAAAAUCAACCUUGAGCACCAAACCGCAACUUUUCUUCCUGAAGAUGGAUCGUCAAUGCGCCCGCAAUUACUUAAGAUAAUGGAGACGGCGUUACGAUCUUGGCAAUCUUCAUGGGAAGCCACCUACGAAUCAACACUUGAUCCUUGCUCACCUAAGGGCCCCCUUGGGUUCAAUGCAACCGCAUUGCUACGACUGGCAUAUAUCCGACUUAAUGCCAAUCUAGGGCCCUGCCGCGACCUCAUCUCUGGUAAUUCAGCUCGCAUCCAGCAGAUCUUCACUAGAACCGAUACGGUCUGUCUUUCUCGCUCCCCGUCAUUGGACCGGGCUGUCUUACAGUCUAUCCAUGCUCUCAGCAUUCCGGUCCGUGUCGGCAUUCUAUACUUGGCACGGACCCAGACUCUGCACUGGAGCAUCCAACACUCGAUAUGCAGCCUCGAAUGUGCGUUCCUCUUGACUAGAUGGUUACAAGAGCUUGCUAAAGCCGUCAGUGUUGGAGGAAUGACAGCGCUUCGAGGAGAUGAGCAAAAAUUGCUUGCUAUGAUAACAAAUCUAAUUCAAGAGACACAUCUUCAAGAGACGUUGGAAUAUCGGGAGGAUCUUUCAACUCGGAUCAACCGUCUGGCAGCUUCAACCGCUCGACUUUGGGCGGAGAUAUCUAGUGCUACCCAUGUUUUCACGAUUGUUCAUCGUAUUGGGGCCUCCUUGUCUACGGUUGCUGAUAUUCUAGAAUCUGUAUUACCCCCGCCUUGCCUUCCUAAUACCUAG